AUGGGAUACCAAUGGAUACGUGCACAUGAGAAUCGAGACAAUCAACAGAGCAAAGUCUUCGACCGACUCCCGACGUACCAGCAGGUGUUUAGCCUCAUCGAACCCAUGGUGGAAAGCCUCCAGCAGCAUGGUGCCGUGGUCACCGUCGAGCUCUUCGCAAAUCUUAUAGACGAGCAAUACUUAGCAGGUCCUGACUGCUACGCCGACAACCCUGCUCGAUGGGCUAUCGUGAACUCGUUCUUCGCCACCGCCAUGCUAAAUAGAUCCACCACCAGCUUUCUAAAAGAGAUAACGCCAACCGCAUGGAACUACUUCAAAAUUGCAUUUUCAAUGUUCCCAGAGCUCAUCACCCGGGCCGAGAGGAACUUCUUCCUGUCGCUCGACCCCAUCGCUGCUCAGAGGCAUCGCCGCGUCUUCAGGGUCGCCUACAUACUUGACGUUGAUGCGGUGGACAAGUACGACUUAAGCUCCACCUCACAGCUGAAGAGCUAG